UCUACCCCUCUAAUUCUUUGUCUACCUUCUUUUUCCUUUAACGCUGUUGCUUAGCCUAUUCCCAUCUCAUUUAACUCAUCUCAUCCUCCUCUUGGACCCUCUCACUUCCCCAUACCAUCCACACACUUCCUUAAUCACCAUGACUCCCACCGUGAACACCGUACUCAUCAUCGGCGCGACCUCGGGCAUUGGCGAAGCAUUCGCCCGCAAGUUCCAUGCGGCCGGCAAGAAAGUGAUAGUGACCGGGCGGCGCACCGCGCGUCUGCAGCAGCUAAAAGAGGAGCUAGCAGGCCUGGAGACAGUGGAGUGGGACGUGAGCGAUCUGAAGGCUCUGCCGUCGCGCGUGGCCGAGAUCCUCAACGCGUAUCCCACGCUCGACACUGUCUUCAUCAACGCCGGCAUCCAGCGCUGCUUCAGCCUGCUGGAGUCUCCUGCCCCCACCGCCCCCGAACCAAACGACCAGAACCUCUUCGUCGAUGAGAUCCAAGUCAAUCUGACGGCACCGAUCCUGCUGACACGCGCCUUCCUGCCGCAUCUCCUGGCGCGCGCCGCGGCCUCGCAGCCCGCCGCGCUGCUGGUGACCAGCUCUUCGCUCGCCUUCCACCCUCUCCCCUUCUAUCCCGUCUACUGCGCGACCAAAGCCGCCGUCCACGCAUUCAUCGUCAGUCUGCGCGAGCAGCUGGGUUUCGCCCCGGCCAACAUCAAGCAGGCGCUUAGCGUCGUCGAGGUCGUCCCGCCCUACACGGACACGGCGCUGGACGCCGCCUCGCGCGCCCACACGGUCGCGAUGCAGGGAGGUCCUGAGAAGGCCUUCGCGCCGAUGCCGUUGGGUGAGUACAUUGAGGCGGCGUGGGCCAAGCUGGAGACGCCCACUGCGGACGGAAAGCUGCCGAAGGAGGUGGGCGUGGGAUUCGGGGAGAUGGGCGUCAAUCAGUGGCGGGAGUCAUUCGGAGCAAACCUUGCGGGGAUGGGAUUUGAUGUGUGAAUGAUCUUUGCUUAUUGUGGUUAGCACGUAUUGUACGUACUUUUGCCGUAGGCAGACGGGGAGCAGCAAUGUGCCCGGAUGAUAAAGGUCAGCACGCAUUCGUUGGGCACGCACCAUCCCACUGCAUGUCAUCCCAAAGUUUAUGUCGUAGUAUAGUCCCAAUGCACCGCAAGUC